GGCCAUUGGUUGGGAAGACGUCUCUGAUCACAAGGUUCAUGUAUGACAGCUUCGACAACACAUACCAGGCAACUAUUGGGAUCGACUUCUUGUCAAAAACCAUGUACUUGGAAGAUCGUACAGUGCGGCUGCAGCUCUGGGACACCGCUGGCCAGGAGCGGUUCCGCAGCCUGAUCCCCAGCUACAUCCGGGACUCCACGGUGGCUGUGGUGGUGUAUGACAUCACAAAUCUCAACUCCUUUCAGCAGACCUCUAAGUGGAUUGAUGAUGUCAGGACAGAGAGGGGCAGCGAUGUCAUCAUCAUGCUGGUGGGCAACAAGACUGACCUGGCUGAUAAGAGACAGAUCACCAUUGAAGAAGGAGAGCAGCGCGCCAAAGAACUGAGCGUCAUGUUCAUUGAAACCAGUGCAAAGACCGGCUACAAUGUGAAGCAGCUCUUCCGACGUGUGGCAUCGGCCCUGCCGGGGAUGGAGAAUGUCCAGGAAAAGAGCAAAGAAGGGAUGAUUGACAUCAAGCUGGACAAGCCCCCGGAGCCCCCUGCCAGCGAGGGCGGCUGCUCUUGCUAAUGCAGACCCUGCCUGGGCCAGGCUUCCUUCCCAGCUCCUCGCUUGUUGAGUUGCUUCCUAUUGGUUAGCUUCCUAAAGGGAGUGGGGUGGGAAGUGAGUUACGGAGAUGGCAGAUUUUUUCUUUUCCCUCUGUCAUUAGGAGUAGGGCGGGGUGGGGAGGGAGGCUGGGGUAUCAGGGGUCUUGUCCGUCUUAACAGCUGUUACUCAAACAACUAUUUUUUGGUUUGGUUGUAAUAUAUUGUAUACUUUAUUAAGAUUGCCAAAAACUGUUAAAAUU